AUGGAAAGUAUAGAUUCGAUUUAAAGAUAGAAAAUUGGACUUCAUAUUGAUGGAUCUUAAACAGACUCAGAAAUCUAUCCAAUUAGAGCUAGAUAUUGUACUGAACUAUUAACUUUAAUGAUUGCUUAAAAUGGAAUCACAUAUUUUGCUGCAGCAUUUGUUAAUACUUGGUAAUUAAGCUUUUAAAGUGUGAAAAAAGUAGAAGGCCAAACAUAUUUGUAUAAUCACUUCGUUUUGGCUAUUUAAAAUGUUCCUGCAGCAAGUAUUGAGGGUUCGUUUUUAUACUGGGCAUAGCCUCUUUUAAAUGAUGGAACCUUCAAUGUUUUCAAAAUUAGCUUUUGGCCUAUUGAUAUUGCAUAGGUAUUUAGCUAUUAGAAUGACUAAUUUCUGGCAUCUUAAAACAACUAUAUAGCAUCAUUGACUAUUUCUCAGUAUUCAGCUUCUUUGAAUCGUAUGUUUUACUGUUUGAAUCUGGAAAGCCAUUCAAUAACUUAUACUAAAUAUUCUCACAUUGUGUAUGAUUUGGAAUAAUCUGGAAUUCAAAAAUAAUGGGAGUACUAUGACCCCACUUAUCUAAUAUACUGCGAUGAUAUUCAUCAUAAUCUAACGACAAACACUCUAUUCGUUGUUUUUUAAAGCUAUGACUUUGAUAUUGAUGCAGCAUUUCUUAGCACUAUAUUCAUUAACCUAAAUGAUUACAACGCAAAGCAAGAUUAAAACCUUACUAUUUAAGAUUCACUCUUGAUGUUAGCUUACCCUUCACAAAAUUGUGAUUAUUUUGACUUUAAAGAGCAAGCCUACAGUUUUAACUCAAUUACAAGUUCGUUUACUAUCUUAGAUGAUUUAGUUUCAACAAUGAUGGUAAUGCCUUCUCCAAGCGUUCUGGAAUACGCAAGUAUUACAUCAGGUGCAAAUCCUGAGUCACUGUUAAUAACUGAUUUUCCAAAGUGUCCUAUAAAAAAUUACAAACCAAUCAUUGUAACUUCAUUAUAACCUUAGGUCUUUUAUCAAUACUUGGACAACAAAGUUAGAUUUUUUCAACUAAAUUAAUGGGCUUAAAUUUCUCCUUGUAACUCCUACUAUUUCACCUACUAACUUUUUAAUGUUGAUUACUCAAGAAGUUUUUCCGGGAAAGGUUCUAUUUCUCCUAAGUUGAACAAAAUGACAAUAAACCCUUUUCAAACUACAGAUACAGCAUCUUUUGGUAACUACUGGGGCUCUUAAAGAGGUUAUCUUUAAGAUGGAACAGCUAAAACAUAGACGUUCUAGAUUACUAUAAAUUUUCCUCCUUCAGCUGCAAACUCACCUAUGAAUCCAAUAUAUACUGCUCCAUACUUUACUGAAGAAAUAAAGAAUUUCACAGUUUUCUAUGAUCAAAUUCUUGUAUACAAAUUACCUAAUGUCGUUGAUGAUGAAAAUGAUCCUUACAAAAUAAAUUUAUACACAUAAAUGGAAUGGGAAAAACUCUAUUCACUUGAUAACAGGAUGGUAUCUUUCUUAAUAUUCAAUGUCUCAGUAAAAGUUUAUUACUUUGCUCUAGAAUUACAAGAAAAGACUAUCUAUAACUUGACAUGA